AUGGGAGUACCAGCAUUCUUCCGUUGGCUUACAAAGAAGUAUCCUUCUAUUAUUGUAAAUGCUAAUGAAGAAAGGCAGCGUAAUAGCGAUGGCACCAAAAUACCGGUGGACUGUACGAAACCCAAUCCGAAUUUCCAAGAGUUCGAUAAUCUCUACUUGGAUAUGAACGGUAUUAUUCAUCCUUGCACUCAUCCAGAAGAUCGUCCACCACCCAAAAACGAAGAUGAGAUGUUUGCUCUCAUUUUCGAAUACAUCGACAGAAUUUUCUCAAUUGUUAGACCUAGGAAAGUUCUUUACAUGGCCAUCGAUGGAGUUGCACCCAGAGCUAAGAUGAACCAACAGAGAAGUCGUCGAUUCAGAGCUUCAAAGGAAACAAGUGAGAAGAAUGCUUCGAUUGAAGAGCAAAGAGCAAGAAUGCUGAAAGAAGGAUUCACUCUCCCACCCGAAAAACCGAAAGAAGAACACUUCGACAGUAAUUGCAUUACUCCGGGUACACCUUUCAUGGCUAGAUUAGCAGAUGCAUUAAAGUAUUAUAUUCACGACAGAAUAACAAACGACCCGGCUUGGGCAAAAAUUCAGGUUAUCUUGUCUGAUGCUAAUGCUCCAGGAGAGGGAGAACACAAAAUUAUGGAUUUCAUUAGGAAACAGAGAUCUAAUCCUGCUCAUAACCCUAAUACAGUUCAUUGCCUGUGUGGAGCGGAUGCUGAUCUCAUUAUGUUAGGUUUAGCAACCCACGAAGUGAACUUCAAUAUCAUAAGAGAAGAGUUUGUGGCCAACCAGCCACGUCCUUGCGAGAUGUGCGGACAGUAUGGUCAUGCGUUGAGUGAAUGUCGAGGCUUGGAGAAUGCAGAACAAGGUCCUGACGUUGCCAAUCCAUUAUGCAAAGAAAAGAACUUCAUUUUUCUUCGAGUUCCGGUUCUGCGGGAGUAUCUUGAGAGAGAUAUGUUCUUGCCAAAUACUCCAUUCCCCUUUGAUAUUGAGCGUGUAAUUGAUGAUUGGGUUUUCCUUUGUUUCUUCGUCGGAAAUGAUUUCUUGCCUCAUCUCCCUUCAUUGGAGAUCCGAGAAGGUGCCAUAGAUCGCCUUAUUCGUUUGUAUAAAGAUAUGGUUUAUAAAAUGAAAGGAUAUUUAACUAAAGACGGGGAUGUUUACCUGGAUAGAGUCCAGAUGAUUAUGAAUGGCUUGGGUAAUGUCGAAGACGAAAUCUUCAAGCGUCGCCAGGAAGACGAACAACGUUUUCAAGCUAAUCGCAAAGCAAAAAUGGCUCGAGGCAGUGGAGGUAGACCUCAGCGUCCUGCUUAUGUACCCCAUGAAGGGUCUUUGAUUGCUCCCACCGCGGCUCCAUGCCAUAUCUCUGGAAAAGAGACAAGAGAAAGAGCCGCUGAUGCGAGAAUCGAAGCCAUGAACUAUUCUGAGAAUGAAGCUGCUGCUAAGCGUCUUAAGAGCUUCUUACAAGACGAUGGUUCUAAAACUGACGAAUCGAACCCUCGCAAGAGGAAAAUGCAGGAAGAAUUGAUACUAGAUACCGCUGCCAAUGAACCAGAAGAAGGUCCAUCUGAUGAAAUUAGAUUGUAUGAGUUCGGUUGGAAAGAUCGGUAUUACAGAGCCAAGUUCGGAGUGAGUUCUGAUGACGAAUCGUUCCGAAGAAAAGUUGCUUGGGCUUAUGUGGAAGGAUUGUGUUGGGUUCUCCGUUAUUAUUACCAAGGUUGUGCAAGUUGGGAUUGGUACUUCCCUUAUCAUUAUGCACCUUUUGCAAGUGAUUUCGAUACCAUAGCUGAGUUCAAGCCAGAUUUCACGAGACCAACAAAACCAUUCAAACCUCUCGAGCAGCUCAUGAGUGUAUUUCCUUCAGCUAGCAAGCAACAUUUGCCUGUAGAGUGGCAGAAGCUGAUGAUUUCAGAUAAUUCGCCUAUCAUUGACUUAUAUCCAAUUGAUUUUCGUAUUGAUCUCAACGGAAAAAAGUUUGCCUGGCAGGGAGUUGCACUUCUACCUUUUGUUGACGAAAAACGUUUGUUAAAAUCUCUUGAAGCUGUAUACCCGUCUUUGACUGAUGAGGAGCGCACUCGUAACACUACAGGGCCUAAUAGGCUAUUCAUUGGAAAGCAUCACGAUGCGUUCCCGUUGUUUGAUGAAUUAUAUAAGGACGAAGCUAAACGUUUCGAUAUUGAUCCAACAUUUACUUACGGCAUGACUGGUAGCAUAGCUACAGAUUCUACAGCUGUACCCAUUGAAUCAUGUUUCGUGUCACCUGUAGAUGAUCCUUCUUGUGAAAAUCUUAAGAGUAAUGGAGCUAUCAUGGUUAUCUACAACGAUCCUGUGUAUCCAGAGGGAUUUAUCUACCCUGCUAAACGGAUUGCUUCUGCCACCGAACUUCCACGGACUCUCAAACCUCAAGACUGGAACGACAACCGGAGUGGACAGUAUCGUCCUCAAAUUGGUUUCUCGAGAGACACGGGUAGAGCAUACUUAGAUUCUUCUGGGCAUAGAAACUUACACCAUGAAAUUCGUGACGAUGGCGGCUACCGUGGUGGUAGAGGAGGUUAUCGAGGAGGUUACAAUCAGAGAGGAAGAGGACAAUAUAACCAGUAUAAUAAUGAUAAUCGUGGCUACCGGGGAUCUCAUUCUGGUUACAAUGAUGGCUACAGAGAGCGCGGAAGAGGAGGAGGUUACCACAAUCGUGGAGGUUAUGAGCAUAACCGCCGUUAA